AUGUUCGAACAUCAAUAGAUUGAAAGGAUCAUUUUUGGAAAUUAUCCAAAUGGCUCAAAUUAGAGACGAGUACGGAAACCCGGUGCAGCUCACAGACGAGCAUGGAAACCCUGUCAAACUGACAGACGAGCUUGGAAACCCUAUUCACCUCACAGGCGUGGCCACCACGGGCGGAACUGGCACUGAAGCACACACUGGUGCAGCUCCGCAUGUUCCCGGCUCUGGAACCACCGGAGGGUAUGGAGAGCAUGGUGGCGCUGCUGGAGUUACGGGAGGGCAUGGCAUGUUUGGUGGCAAACAAACAAGUGAUCAAUCUCCUGGGUACGGUGUUGGUGUUGGUGUCGUUGAGCAUCGGCAACAGCAGCCCCAUGGCAGUCUUGGUAGUGAACUCCGCCGUUCCGGCAGCUCUAGCUCAAGCUCCAGCUCUGAGGAUGAUGGGCAAGGUGGGAGGAGGAAGAAGGGACUGAAGGAGAAAAUAAAGGACAAACUCGGUGGUGGGAAGCAUAAGGACGAUCAGCAGCAAGCAAAGACACAGGGCCAUGGACAUGAAACCGAAGUUGUUCAAACCACCAGAGUCACAACCGAGCCUGAGAAGAAAAGCAUGAUGGAGAAGAUCAAGGACAAGUUGCCUGGUCAUCAUAGCCACCAGUGAAUUAAUUAAGCUUUAAUUAGUGUAUUCUGGAAUUGAUGUGCUGUGUGAGGGUUGCUGGUUACGUUUGAAUUAAUUGUGUGCAGUUUGUGGGCUUGCAGUUUGUGAGCUUGAUCAGUGUAAUAAUAAAGAAGUUGUUGUAACUGUUC